UUUGAGUUUUAUUAUAAAAAUUUAGUGAGCGAUUAAAGCUAGUGUUUUCUACCUUACUACAUGUUCAAAAAUGGCAAGACCGGCUGCAACAUGGAAAAGUUUAUCCACACCGCUUAGUGCACCGGUGUUGGAAGUAAUCGAUGGUCUUGGGUUUCAUAAAAUGACGCCGGUUCAGGCUGCAACUAUCCCGUUACUAUUAUCCUAUAAAGAUGUGGCCGCUGAAGCGGUAACAGGAUCAGGGAAAACAUUAGCUUUUCUUGUUCCGCUGCUUGAACUUCUGCUGAAACGAAAGAAGAAUGAAGCUUGGAAAAAGCAUGAAAUUGGUGCCAUCAUCAUUUCUCCUACACGGGAGUUGACGACACAGAUUCAUGAAGUACUGGCCGAGUUUCUGAGCCACGAAGAGUUGAGCUGUUUCCGGCAAAAAAUACUAAUCGGUGGUAAUUCCGUUGAAGACGACGCCAUGGCCAUCAUUAAGAACGGUGCUAACAUAAUAGUGGGUACGCCCGGGCGUUUGCAGGAUCUUUUUGAGCGCAAGGGAGAUCUCAAUCUGGCAGCAAAAGUGAAGAGUUUGGAGCUGCUGGUGCUUGACGAGGCAGAUCGUUUACUUGACCUAGGCUUCGAGGCUACCAUCAAUACCAUCUUAGCGUAUCUUCCCCGACAGCGUCGAACAGGACUUUUUUCAGCCACACAAACGAAAGAGGUGAAGGAUUUAAUGCGUGCGGGAUUACGCAAUCCGGUGUUAGUAAGCGUACGUGAGAAGGCCACAACUAGCACGCCGAAGCUACUGCAGAACUUUUAUGUCAUCGUGGAACCCGAAACAAAGUUAACCGCUAUGCUAGAAUUUAUUCGUUCGCAACAGAUUAAAAAGGCAAUGAUUUUCUUUCCGACAUGUGCUUGCGUUGAAUAUUGGUCAAUAGCAAUGGCUGAACUGGUCAAACCGAUGACCGUACUAGCACUGCAUGGCAAGAUGAAAUCUCAAAGGUUUCGUAUAUUGAAGGCAUUCCGUGAUGCGGACAGUGCUCUACUUCUCUGCACGGAUGUGCUGGCCCGGGGUGUCGAUAUUCCAGAAGUGGACUGGGUGUUGCAAUGGGAUCCACCGUCAAAUGCUGCCGCUUUCGUGCACAGAGUAGGCCGCACAGCUCGUCAAGGAUCAGAAGGAAAUGCUCUCAUUAUGCUACUCCCGACAGAGGACGCCUACGUGGAUUUCUUGACGCGAAAUCAAAAAGUAUUGCUUAAAGAAAUGAAACUACAGGUUACCGACCAGGGGUUAAAAAAUGAGCUGAAGAAACUUCACCAAUUGCAGAUGGACGAUCGCUCCGUGUUUGAUAAAGCAAACAGGGCUUUCGUAUCGCACGUCCAGGCAUACAGUAAGCACGAGUGUAAUCUGAUUCUACGAGUGAAAGAUCUCGAUUUGGGCAAGGUGGCAACAAGCUACGGGUUGCUACAACUACCUAAGAUGCCUGAAAUGAAACCACAGUUCAGUGAGACUUUCUGUGGUCCUGAAGCCCCGGUGGACAUCUGGAAACUAACGUACAAGGAUAAGCAGAAACAGUCGUCCUUGGAAAGUAAACUGAAAACGUACAACGAGACGGGUGAAUGGAAAGGCAAGAAAAAGCUUUUUAAAAAGAAAUCUAUCCCCUGGGAAUUGGCCAAGAAAGCCCGAGAAGAAAAGAAGGAAGCCCGCAAAAACCGACGAGAACAGAAACUAAAACGCAAGGCAGCAAUUGAAGCCGGUGGGACGGUGCCGAUCAAAAAGAAGAAUAAGUUUUCCCAAGAAGAACUGGACGAAUUGGCCAACGACAUUCGCUCGUUGAAAAAGUUAAAACAGAAAAAAAUUAGCGAAGAGGAAUUCGAUCAGCAAAUGGGAUUGAACGACUUUGGAUCGUCGAACGAAUCGGAUGGAAAUUAAGAUAAACGGUUGUUUGUAUGCUAAAUAAAAUGUAUAUUUAACUGUAU